AUGGCUGCUGCGACCGACCCUGCGGUAUUCACGAAGCUUGCGGAAGAUAAGGCGUCGGAAACGAAUGGUCUCGGAAGUUCAGCCGGGAAUGGCGGGACAUCUGACAUGCCGGCCGUCAGCUCAGGGGAUGUAGUCACAGGAGGAUUGUCGGAUUCCAUCCCCGCUGCUUCUAACGAAGCAAGCACGGGAGACGCGGUCCCGUCAAAGGCAAACGUAGAGACGAAUGCCGCUGCGACGGAAGCAGCAGCAGCAGCAGCAGCAGCAGACGGGGGUGGAGCGGGAGGGGGAACAGAAGGAGACAGCUGGCCCUCAAGGGAAGCCAGUUCGGAUAAGAACGCCGAUCCGACUGAAGGAGCCAAUCAGGCGGAGGAGGGGACUCCGCGCGGGGAUGGCGGCGAGGGGGCGGGGGGGGGCGGGGGGCAUACGAUGAUCGGCGGGAGCAUCGUGGGGGACGUGCUGUACAGCAUCGCUACGGGCGAGGAGGAAGGGCGCUCGCGCGCUCGCAUCCUCGCAUUUGCCGCGAAACGAUACCAAACUGCUGUCGAGCGCAAUCCGCGGGAUUACGACGCGCUCUACAACUGGGCGCUAGUGCUGCAGGAGAGUGCGGACAACAGCGGGCCCGAAGCAGGGCUGCAGGGGAAGGACGCUCUCCUGGAAGAGGCGUGCCGCAAGUACCAGGCCGCCAGUGUGCUGUGUGGCACGCUGCAUGAGGCGUUCUACAACUGGGCCAUUGCCAUUUCCGACCGAGCCAAGAUCCGAGGCAGGACUGCCGAAGCUGAGGACCUCUGGAAGCAGGCGUGCAGCAAGUACGAGCGGGCAGUGCAGCUGAAUUGGGACUCGCCCCAGGCGCUCAACAACUGGGGGCUGGCGCUGCAGGAGCUGAGCACCAUUGUGCCGGCUAAGGACAAGCGCAAGGUGGUGCGCAAAGCAAUCAACAAGUUCCGAGCAGCCAUCCGUCUGCGCUACGACUUCCACCGAGCCAUCUACAACCUCGGCACUGUGCUGUAUGGCUUGGCAGAGGACACAAUGAAGCAGGCCAAGAGCAAGACGGGGGUCAUGCCUGACCGCACCACCCACCCUGCCAACGAGGUCUACAGCCAAUCUGCUGUCUACAUCGCUGCUGCUCAUGCUCUCAAGGCUGAUUACCCUGUGUACCGCAAUGCUCUCCGGCUCGUGCGAACCAUGCUGCCCCUCCCGUAUCUCAAGGGCGGCUACCUCACCGUGCCACCUGGCGGCAACUCAUUGGCUCCCCAUGCGGAGUGGCUCAGGCUCUGGUUUGUGCUGGACCAUGAACGGCUCAAGGAGGGCAAGAAGCCCGAGCCUAAGCAACCCCACAGCAACCUGACCUCCCGCCGCAACACAGCCCACUCCCAGACCUCCGUAACAGCUUCGAUCGUCCCCAAGCCUGAGCCCGCUCCACCUACUGCUGCCGCACCUGCCGCGCCCGCCAACGCCGGAACCCCUGGUUCAGCUGCUGCCACGUCAGACGGGGGAAGGUGGUCAGACGGGGCGAUGGGUGGGCGGCCUAAUUUGUUGUCUAGUUUGGAGGAAGGAGUUCCUGCACUGCCGCCUCCACCGAUUCAAGUGGAUAUCGGCCAGAUUGUGUCAGUGGAGGCUUGUGCUGAUCUCAGCCUGCCGGCUGGCGGGGGCAUUGUGCUGGACACUGUAGAUGGGCCAUUUUACAUGGUGGCGGACGAUUGGGACUCCAUGGAUGCUUGGGUGGAUGCAAUUCGCCUGGUGUACACCAUCUAUGUGCGAGGAAAGUCUGAAGAUCUUGCGGCUGUUCUUGCUGCUUAG